AUGCCAUCAACGCCAAAGCUCUUCGUCAGAGGAAUUGUGCUGCUCUUCAUUCUGAGUGUUGAUUUGUGUUUGAGUGAUGAAAAUGUUGUCAGUGAUUCGAGUGUUGCAGAAUCGAGAACAUUUGGUCGUCACUUGAUGAGGAGGAUUAAUUUUGUUCUCAUACCAACGGCAUUCGUGGUCGGGGUCAUAGCCACUCUUCUGGCCACACUGACCGUUGUCUCGCUCAAGGGGUUGGGAGUCGGUGUGAUUCUCUUAGUGCUGGCGGUGGGACAACUUCUGGCCAGAGGAUUGCCUCAGCUCGCACCCACUUCAACCACAUAUGCUGCUCCACCGGCCUCGAUAAUCUACGGGAGGAGCGACGUGAAGAGUCCGAUCUGGAUAGAAAAAGACUGGAGCGCGUAA